AUGGCAACAAUUGAAAAAAUUGAACAAGAAUUAAAUAAAACAAAUAAUAAAUUAGAUGUGGGCAGUAAAGGAGUUGAAGAAGAUGACUACAAAAAGAGUCGGGCUAGUGGUAUUGGAAAGACAAGAUUUUUAAAUGAAACUGUGAGGUGGAUGAAGGAUAAUGUAGAUGAUGCUAACAGUCCACUUAAAAAAAUAUAUCCUAACAAUAAAACCAAAUGA